AUGGUGGCUGUGCGGCUCGUCGCUUGCCUGUCCCUGCUGGCGGGCGUCUCGCUCCAGGUGGACGUGAAAAGUGCGAAAGACGCGGGGAAAGCCGGGAAUUUCAUGGAAGACGAGCAAUGGCUGUCAACCAUCUCCCAGUACAGCCGCAAGCUCAAGCACUGGAACCGCUUCAGAGACGAAGUCGAGGAUGACUACAUCAAAACCACGGAGGAGACCACGGGUUCUGAUGAAACCAUGGACAUCACCAAGGACCCGUGCCAGAAUGUGAAGUGCAGCCGCCACAAGAUGUGCGUCGCUCAGGGCUCCCAGAGGGCCAUGUGUGUCAAUCGCAAGAAGCUGGAGCACAGAGUCAAACAGUCGGGGAAUGCAGAGGCCGGUGAAAGCAGCUGCAAGCCCUGUCCCGUGGCGGCCUCCUCACCUGUGUGCGGCUCUGACGGACACAACUACGCCUCCGAGUGUAAGCUGGAGCAGCAGGCCUGCCUCACAGGCAAAGAGCUGAACGUCAUGUGUGCCGGUUUCUGCCCCUGCGCCACAGCCUCCGUCACCGUCACGAGCGCCGACACCAAACGUGAGAGCUGCACCGGCCAGGACCUGGCAGACCUGAGCGACCGCCUGAGAGACUGGUUCCAGCUCCUUCAUGGAAACGCCAAGCGGAAUAACUCUGGCAAGCUCGGAGCUGGCACCGCUUCAGUGCUGGACAAGAGCCUGGUGGCCAGCUGCAAGGAAUCCAUCGGCUGGAUGUUCUCCCGGCUGGACACCAACAGCGACCUGUAUCUGGACCAGGCCGAGCUGGCCGCCAUCAACCUGGACAAGUACGAGGUCUGCAUCCGACCCUUCUUCAACUCCUGCGACAGCUACAAGGACGGGAAGGUCUCCACGGCGGAGUGGUGCCUCUGCUUCUGGAGAGAAAAGCCGCCAUGCCUCGCCGAGCUGGAGAGGGUCCAGGUGCAGGAGGCGGCCAAGAAGAAGCCGGGGAUGUACAUUCCCAACUGUGACGAGGACGGCUACUACAAGAAAGUGCAGUGUGACCAGAGCCGAGGGGAGUGCUGGUGCGUGGACCAGCAUGGUGGAGAGAUGAUGGGCACCAGAAUCCAUGGCAACCCCGACUGUGAUGAGGUGGCUGGAUACUCUGGAGAUUUUGGCAGCGGGGUGGGAUGGGAGGAUGAAGAGGAGAAGGAGGUGGAGGACACCGGCGAGGAGGAGGAGGAGGAGGAGGAGGAGGAGGAGGAAGGCGAGGCUGACGACGGAGGAUACAUCUGGUAGGACUGUCAGCGGAGAGCAGAGUCUCGGCUGCAGGGCCUGGAGAAUCUACAGGGAUGGCUCUCUCCUUUACAGGCAAAAGAUUUUGGGAUUGGACUGCGGAGGAGGCGUGGAGUUGUGUAUCAUCCUGCCGGGAUGUGAUGUGUUGCUGGGCAGGUCCAGUGAUGAGAUAAUGACCCGUUUUUUUUUUUGUCUUAGAUAAGUGUAAUUGCUUCAUUCUCUGCUCUGUUUUUUUUCAGCAACAGAGCUUUUUGUUUUGCCGUCCUGAAAAGCAGGACCCACUGACUCCUGCGCCGUAGGUAGCUAAAGUCCAUCAGAGAUCUUGUCCGACCGCCAUCUAUGCAUAUAGAGAUUACCAGUAAUUUUGUAUUGUGUCAACAAUUGCUUGAGUGUUAGAGCCGUCAUCCCACUGGAAUGACAAGAGAUCGGGAUUUAAAGGAACAGUUUGACAGUUUGGGAGCUUGUUUUGCUUUCUUGCCGAAACUUAGAGGAGGAGAUCCAUACCGCACUUGUGUCGGGUAGGUUAGCUUAGCUUAGCAUUAAGAGUUGACAUUAAAAUAAACAUCUUUAGCCCAAGUCCGGCCGAUACACUUUCACAUCUGGACUCAUUCCAGCUGUUACCCUCCAGGGUUGGUUGACAGCCAGGGAGAUUUACUGUGCUUGUGUGUAUCAGUCCACAAAUAUGUGUAUCCUCCAAAAUAAUGUUACUCUCCAUGCUGCUGACUAAAACAUCUUAUAUGUUAUUUGUUGACUCUAUGGAAACCACAGUGCAAAGUUUUUAUGAAACAUUAUGGACUGUCCAGGGGAAGAAAUACUCCAGAACAGAACCCCUUGUAAAAGUGCUCACGGUUGUUGUAAUAUAAAGGUUUCCCCAAUGCUCCCAGUCUUAUAUCUUCAUAAUUACAGUGCAUUAAAUGGCACACUGGGAACACUGUGAUCGAAUUGCUCAUCCAGACAAACCUACAGGUUCAAAUUAAAUCCUUUAAAAUGCUUUCAAAGUAAAUCUUCUGCUUUGAUUCACGGCUUCACGCACGCUAACGUCGCACUAGCAUCUCUUUCCUCCUCAGAGCCAAUCAGAAACAAGCAUUUCCAGGUUAAUAGUCAGAUAUUUUUCUCAGGAGACGGUAGAGACCUAAACCAGAGCUGAAAAACUGAGUGAUUUAUAUUCAUCAGGCAAACGGAUACACGCCUUUAAAUAAGAGCUAACGUUUCUCCUUAGUUGUUCAGUGUGUAAAAUGAGUAACUGAAAUAAUGUUGUUAAUGUGUUUUGUCUUCUCGAGACGUUAUUCUGCAAGUGGCCAAAAUACGGUGGCCCCGAAUUGCAAUUCACGAAAAACACAACAACAAAUCCUAAAACACAACAAUAUUAACUUCUAAUGGAAAAGGAAGGUGACGGCUGUCGGCGAAGCUUGUUGCUGAUUGGACAGAAGCACUGUCCAUCUUCUCAAUUGGAAGGAAAUUCAGCUUUUUGUGUGAUUUGAGUUUGCGUUUUUC